AUGAAAAAAAGUAAGAAACUACAAAAUAUCAAUACCAAUAGUGAAGCAAAGACGGAAAUCUACAAGCAACAAUGCAUACAAGCAACUACCUAUGACAAUGACACUUAUGACACCUAUGAGUACGACAUUUACAAGCAACAACUCCUACGAUGGAUAUUUAUAAGCAAUGACAAGUGA